AAAGCACGUUGCUCAUACGUGAAGGGUUAAAGUUCACUGUUUAACUGUAAACACGUUCGUGGUGUGAAUAGCUGCAGUUGCAUAGCGAAUUGACAGGUGAAAUCAAGGUAUGUUGAUGCUGUCCAGGGCAGCUCUACAGACAGGUCUCUUCGCGCAAAGGACGUGGUCACCAGAUGUCCGAAGACAAUUCUGGGGGUGGCUGAAUGCCGUCUUUAAUAAAGUGGACUAUGAGCGUAUCAAGGAGGUGGGACAUGACCGCGCGGCUGCAGAGUGGCUGACCAGGUGUGGUGCCAAGGUGAGGUUCCAAGGGUUUGACCGCUGGCAACAUGACUACAACGCCCUGCCCACUGGCCCAUUGGGGAGAUUCAAGAUCCAGGGAAUCGACGCCACGGACUCCUGUAUCAUGUACAAAGGUUUUGACCACCUGGAUGGACUGCAGCAUUUGGAAGAGAUCAAGUUUAACAAGAGUAUGUACAUUGAAGAUGCCUGCUUAGAGAGAAUUAGCAGCAUAGAGAACCUGCAGUCCAGUCUGGUUAAGAUGGAGGUGGUCUCCUGUGGGAACGUGACGGAUAAGGGCAUCAUCGCCCUGCAUAAACUCCGGAGUCUGGAGCAUCUGUAUCUGAGCGAUCUACCAGGGGUGGUGGACAAGGCGAAGACCAUGGAGAGACUCCAGACAGCUCUACCCAAGCUGGACGUAGAGCUCGACCUGGUCUGACAGGCCGACCGACUGAAACAGGACCACAGCGGCUGACUGUGACAUAGACAGGCUCAGACACAGCCAGUGGGCAGUGUCCUGAUGAGAUGUUGCUUGUUUUGCAGCAUGUCAUGUUCAUAUUUGGAGCUGUUCCCUCCUGGUUUCAAAGAGGUGUGGGGUAUAUAUGAGCCUGGUAUCAGAUCUGGUUGUGCUGUUUUGUAAUGUCCAAUGUGGAUAUUGUUGUGACCAUAGAGAUUGGUGAGAAGGCAGAACCGGAACCUGGCAAAGCCCCCAGAAUCGGGGUAGAGGAAGCAGGACACAAUUACUCCAGCAAGCUUUAAACUGCACUUUAUUAACUUCAAAACAUAAGUUUAACAGAAUUGUCUACCAUAUUGUUCAUUAUUUUCAUUUAUGGUCUAUUAAAUAUGACUAUAGAAAGGUACACAGAGGAGGUUGUUAAUGCUUGUCUGUAACAAGGCUGAGCAUUUCAUUUCACUGAUUCAUUUAGAAAUAAUUGCUUGAUUUGGCACUUGUAACCAGACCUGGGUAGAUGUCUAUAAAAGUCCUUAGCACCAGUCAUCUAAAAAUAACAAGUUGUGAAAAGAUUUGCAAAACUAUUUUUUUUCCAGAGAAUUCCAAAGGUUUUUCAGAACUUGUUUUCCAGAUAUAUGGAAUCCGUAGAGGUCAAGCAACAAAUCUGUAAUCCUCUCAUUAGGAUUUCUAGUUAUUUUCAAGUUUGGUUCUGUGUUGGUUGAAUAAUUACUACAUUACUUUCAUUACUACAAUGAAAUCUACUAUUGUAUUUAAUUUCAUAAGGCUACAUUUAAAAACAGUUACACAAUAAAAAUGAUUCCACGCA